CCAGCAGAAGACUACCCCGACCCAGACGAGCACAUGCUUCCCGCACCUAGGGAGCAGAAGAUCGAAGAGCAGGAGGUUGCCAACGUCCCGAACUGUGCGAUAUUCAUUAUUAACAAAGAAGACGAUACGAUCGGAAAUCUACUCACCCAACGCCUGCUCAAAUGCGACUUUGUUGACUUUGCCGCUUACCAAGUUGACCCGUUGUUCGCCAGGUUCAGACUUAGAGUGACGACGGAUGGAUCUGUUAGUCCGAGGGAGGCAGUGAAUCGGUGCUGUCUAGAUAUCCACAAUGACUUGGGUGUCCUCUCUAGCGCGUUCAAAAGUGCACACGAGAGCAAGAUGGCGGAGAAGAAGCAAGCAUCCGAGCAGGAGGUUGAGAAUGGGAAGGCUGCUCAAAAAGGACUUGAAGAGCUCAACAAGGAGGAGGGUUCAGAAGGCCCUUUCGGCAGUGGUAUGGCCGACGGUUAG